AUGGCGUCCGUUGUUAGACCCUCCUCUUUGCCCGGGAAUCUUCCUGAUCACCCAUUGGCUCGCCAUCUGAAACAUUUUAAUGUCUGGAACUACCAGAAUGUUUUGGCCUUUGUCUUCGCUAUCAACGAGAUUAACAACAAUCCGGAUCUGCUGCCUAAUAUCACCCUUGGGUUCCAUAUUGUAGACAAUUGUUUAAAUGAAGAAAGAGCAAUAAGUGCAAUGCUGGACAUUAUAUCUGGGGGAAACGUACCAACACCCAACUAUCGUUGUGGGCUCUCACAUAACUUGGUGGCUUUUGUUGAUGGAAUAUCCACAAGACUGACCUUACUGUUUGCCAGGAUGUUUGGGAUUUACAAGAUCCCACAGCUGUACAAGAUCAGCUUUAGUUCCCUGGACCCAGUACUAAGUGAUAAGAUCCAGUUUCCCUUUUUUUAUCGCACCGUGCCCAGUGAUGAUUUCCAGUACUUGGCCAUUGUUACGUUGAUAAAAUAUUUUUCAUGGACAUGGCUUCAUAAAUAUUUGAAAAAUAUCAAUUUCACAAAUAGCGGAGGGGAGAAACUGACUAUUGAUGAAAAUCGGCGAAUCGACGCCAAGUUUGACAUUCUUAACUGGGCGAUUUACUCUAACCAAACGCUUCACAGUAUCAAAGUCGGGAGUUAUGACCCUCAAAACGCUUCCCAAGGAUUGACAGUCAGUGAAAACCUGAUAAGGUGGAGCCCAGCAUUCAGCCAGACCCCACAUUCAGCCUGCAGUGAAACCUGCCUUGCAGGAUAUAGAAAGACCCCUAAAGCGGGAUAUCCAGCUUGUUGCUAUGACUGCAUCCCCUGCCCAGAGGGCCAGAUAACUAAUGUAACAGAUAUGGAAAGGUGUAUUACUUGUCCCAUAACCCAGUGGCCCAAUGCAAAAAAAGAUACAUGUUUGGAUAAAGUCAUUAUAUAUUUAUCAUAUGAAGAAGAAUUGGGGAUACCAAUAGCUUUUUCAUCAAUAUUUUUCUUUUUUCUCACGUGUUUGGUUAUGACAGUAUUUAAUAAAUAUCGGACCACCCCAAUAGUUAAAGCCAAUAACCAAAAUCUCAGCUACGUUCUCCUCUUCUCCCUCAAGAUGUGCUUCCUCUGUCCUUUAAUAUUUAUUGGCCAACCUAUUAAAUUAACCUGCAUGACUCGACAGACAGUGUUUUCCAUCACUUUCUCUAUUUCCCUUUCUUCCAUCUUGGCCAAAACCAUUACAGUAGUCAUUGUGUUUCAUGCUACCAGGCCAGGAAGCAAAUUAAAGAACUUAAUGGGAUCCAAAGUGUCAGUCUCUAUCGUAAUAUUCUGUUCAUUUGUUCAAGUUGUUAUAUGUGCUUGUUGGUUGGGAAUUUCUCCCCCAUUCCCACAGUAUAACAUGGAAGAUGAAGUUGGGAAGAUAAUUGCUGAGUGUAAUGAAGGAUCAUUGAUUGGAUUUUACUGUGUCCUGGGAUACCUGGGGGUUCUGGCCUCUGUCAGUUUCAUCAUUGCUUUCCUUGCAAGGGACUUGCCUGAUACUUUCAAUGAAGCCAAGUUUAUCACCUUCAGCAUGUUGGUGUUCUGCAGCGUGUGGGUCUCUUUUAUUCCAGCCUACAUGAGCGCUAAGGGCAAAUAUAUUGUGGCAGUGGAAAUAUUUGCAAUCCUGGCAUCUAGCCUGGCACUACUGGGCUGUAUAUUUAUCCCUAAGUGCUAUGUUAUACUUGUAAAACCUGAAUGUAACACUAGAGACUUUGUGAAAAGGGGAAUUGCAUAA